UCAUUUUGAUCAAGAGAAAAGGGUUUGUGUGGGGACGGGGGAGUUAAAAACAAUAAAAAAUUGUCAAUAACAUCCUAUUUGGCGCGGGAUGUUUUAAAUUGAUAUUUAUUUAUUGUUUUUAUAAUAUUUUUAGUAAUAUGUGAUAAGUCUUGUGUGGGAUUCUAACCUUUAGCAAAGCAGCAGAAAAGAAAACUUAUGUUUUAAUUUGUUGAAAAUAAAAUGCUUUGUUAAGAUAUUUUGUGUGGGAGCAGCUAUUUGGUGAUGUAGCAUUGAUGGCUCGUGUGGAUGUCAAAUCUUCAAUUGAAACCUUUGUUUCAAAUUCACCUGAUCUACCUGUAUUGAAAAGUCCUUUACCUAAACGAAGUAAACUUUCACUAAGAAGGAAUUCUUCGUUUUAUAAUGGCUCUCGAAUGCAAGAAGAUGGCCUCACAUCACUUAAGGUGCCUAAUCUCAAUUCUGAGGUGUCAGGUGACAUGACACCCAGCAAACCAGACAUUGAGAUGAUUGAUUUGACGUGUGAUGGUCAAGAGGAUGGAAAUGCAUCGCCAAAUUGUAGCACGACCGAAUCUAAAUCAUCCGUGUCUGAAACAGAAAUGGAAGAUGAUAAAAUUAAAGUGUGGACUAUUGGAUUACCCAAUUGUGGAAACACAUGUUUUGUUAACAGUAUUUUGCAAGUUUUGCGAUAUUCUCCUAAUUUUUUAAACUCUCUACAUUCAUUAGCUGUAAAAUGUCAAAUAUUGAAGGAUUCAUCUGAUGAUGAAGAUGAUUCUCAUGAAGUAACUUUUUUUAGACAUAUGCACACUCUGUAUACAAUUAUGAAGAAAAAAGAGCUUUUAAUGUCGAAAAAUGUAGAUAAAGACUACUCUAGUACACUCAUUAGGCCUGUAAAACUUGUGAUAAAUAGCCUAAGGGAAGUGACCUCUUUAUUUGAAGAGGGUGAGCAGCAUGAUGCCCAUGAAUUGUUUAUCACUAUCGUAGCCUCAUAUGAAAAAGCUUGUGAAAUGUUCAAAAAACAAUUACCGAGUGAAGAUAAUGCUGUAAAUAAAGAAACAAAUUGCCUUCAGAAUUUGGAAAUUAAACAAGCUGAACCACAAACUGUAGUUUCUCCUGUUGAACAGAGGGUCAAAAGAUCUUUGCUGGCAGGGAAACGUCGCCGGACGAAAAGUUUGCCCGCUGACAUGGCUUUUAUAGAAUCUCUAGUCUUAGGAAUGGAAGGCAAAAUUCGUCAUGUUGUGAAAUGUUUGGAGUGUGAAAAGCGAUUAGAAAGAGAAGAAACUUUUGCUAAUUUGGAAGUGACCAUACCAGAGGAAGUUUCUAGUGGAGAAUCUGUUGAUUUGCGUCAGUGUUUGUCACAGAAGACCAAAUUGUGUGGUGAAAAUAAAUUUUACUGUGAGACAUGCGAGCAUCACAAUGAAGCUGAAAUGAGCUCUGAGAUAGUGUCUGCCCCACCUAUUCUUUUGCUUCAUUUUGGUUGGAUGGGAAGAUUUAGUGUAAUGUCAAUGGAAAAGACAAGUGUCAAAGUGAUUAUUCCCCUUUCUCUGGACACAUCUGAAAAUAGAGAAAUAUUUACUUGUUCUAAAGGAGAGAAUUAUAAACUCUAUGCCGUAGUUUUGCACAUAGGUCGUUCAACAUCAGGUGGCCAUUACGUUUGUUUCAUCAAGGAUGCUUCUUCUCAAGAAAGUAUGGAUCAGACCAAAGAAGAAGUUGUUAAAUCUCCUGCAAGGCAAAAUAAACAAGUUGGGUCUUCCAAGUAUUGUUGUGUCACUGAUGAAAUAAUGAAUUUUACUGGCGUAGAAUCUUUUACGAAGUGGUUGUUGUUUGACGAUGAUAUUGUUUCACCUGUUGUGAUUGAUGAAAAUUCAGAUUCAUUUCCUUAUUUUAACUUUUUAAGCAUCACUGCCUCACCUUGUAUGAUUUUUUAUCAUAAAACAUAACGGAUUCAUUUCUUAAACAAAGUUGAUAUUUUAAGCACAAAUGUAUUUGCAUUAAUAUAUUGAUCUUUUUUAGCUAUUUUGGUUUUAUGUGCUUUUAAAUUGUGUAAAAUAAAUAUUUUUGUAUUUUA